AAAAUAAAAAACGUAACUUGUGUUUUCGUCCAUCCGAGCCCAAGAGGACAUAACUGUUCAAUCAGUUUUAUCCUUUUAGAAAAAACUGAAUCCAAAAAAUAAAAAACGUACCUUGUGUUUUCGUCCAUCCGAGCCCAAGAGGACAUAACUGUUCAAUCAUGCUUUCAAUACCAUAACCGUCCUUGCGAGCCCGCCUUCUGGCGCCCCCAUCACCAUCAUCAAACCUUCCCCUUCCAUAUUUCCCACAUGAUUCGACAUGUAAACCAGUUUCUUCUGCUUCUCAAACAUAACUCCAUCCAUUAAUGGCUGACAGUCGUUCAUUACGUGCUCCGUGCUAACACUUGUCAAUUCAAGUCCUCCUCCUUCUGACUCGAAACAUGGGGGACCAAAAGUUCUACUCCAUAGAUUCCUUAUUGAAACCCUUUAAAAUAUUAAUCGAAUAGAGACAGAACACCUAACCUUCAGGCUCCAGCUGAUCCAACAACACUGAGAGUGGGAGGACUUUUAAAAUCGAGGGAGAGAGAGUUAGCGAGAGAGGCCAAAAUUUUGGAAGCAUGGCAGAAGAGAACCAAGUCCAAGUUCAAAGAGUUAAACUCGGCAGCCAAGGACUUGAGGUCUCAAAGUUGGGGUUCGGAUGCAUGGGCCUUACCGGGACUUACAACUCUCCUGUCGCUGAUGAGGAUGGUAUCGCUAUAAUAAAACAUGCCUUCAACAAAGCAAUCACUUUCUUUGACACAGCUGAUGCGUAUGGACCUCAUACAAAUGAAGUUCUUGUUGGAAAGGCCUUGAAGCAGCUGCCAAGGGAAAAAGUUCAACUGGCCACAAAGUUUGGUAUUGUUGGAGUAGUGCCGCCUGCUGGUGUGGUAGUGAAGGGAACUCCUGAGUAUGUCCGCUCAUGCUGUGAGGCUAGCUUGAAACGUCUUGACGUGGACUACAUUGAUCUGUAUUAUUACCACCGGGUGGACACUUCGGUGCCUAUAGAGGAAACUAUGGAUGAGCUGAAGAAACUGGUGGAAGAAGGAAAAAUAAAGUACAUUGGGUUAUCUGAAGCCAGCCCUGACACAAUAAGAGCGCAUGCAGUUCAUCCGAUCACGGCUCUGCAAAUGGAGUGGUCCCUCUGGACUCGUGAUAUUGAGGAAGAGAUUGUUCCACUUUUGUUGGAGCUUGGCAUCGGAAUAGUUCCAUAUAGUCCACUUGGUCGUGGUUUUUUCGGUGGCAAAGCAGUUGUUGAAAGUUUGCCUGCAAAUAGUUUUGCUGCCUCACAGCCCCGGUUCAUAGGAGAGAACUUAGACAAGAACAAGAACAUUUACUAUCGAAUAGAAAGCAUUGCUAAGAAGCACCAGUGCUCUACUGCUCAGAUAGCACUAGCAUGGGUUCUCCACCAAGGACUUGAUGUCGUACCUAUCCCGGGGACAACAAAGAUCAAGAACCUGGAUGCAAACAUUGGGUCCUUGGGGGUGAAGCUGACGGAAGAAGACGCGAAAGAAGUUUCUGAUGCUGUACCAAUCGACCAAGUAGCUGGCGAGAGAGCUUUCGUGCUCCUCAUGGCGUUGCAGUGGAAGUUCGCCAACACUCCUCCGAAAGAUUCCAAGAUCUGAGCUGUUAAGACAUGAACAUUAUUGCAUCUCAGUGUUGGAUUUUAAUGAUAUUGUAUCUUGUGAAGUUUAGGCAAAUGAAACUUGUUUCUUGUGCUCUUAUGGGACGGUUACUGGUACUAAUUAAUUCUAUUAAUAAAGGGGUUUUUGAACAUUA